UGAUUUCUUAAUCAGUGAUUAUUCUCGCUUUUUUCAUUCCAUACCAAAGACUCCCAGCGUGCCAGCCUGGCUUUGGCUUUUCACCGGAGCACGGUAACUAAAACAUUCAACGAUGCGAUGGGCAGUAUCAACCGGCACGGCACAUGGUAUAUCUUGACAGACAAGGACUCAGGUUUGUCAGGAGUCAAGCAUCCCCAGCCAGCUCAAGAAUGGGCUAAGAACGCAGAGCUGUCAACAAAGUGAAAGUGCUUUUUGCCAGCUUGAUGCGGUUGUUGAAUGCCCCGAAUGCUCUGAUUGUACUGAUUGCAUUGCUUCAGGACGAGACAGCACAUUCUUUGGCCUAUGCGGACAAGGCGCAAGGCGCAAGCUGCGAACCGCAAGCCAUGGAAGUGCAGGGAAUGGAUGUGCGGGAGCGCAAGGGAAGAUGCAGGUACACAGGUACAUGUACGCUGCCGAGGCUGCCUGCAGGAACUCUUCCAUUUCAUCUCGUCAUUGACCCACUACCCUUCUCAAAAAGGCCAAACAACAAACUGAGUGUCGGACCGUUGACGGAGUUGCAGAAAGACGACGCUGAAACCUUUCUUCUGCAUCAAAAUUGCUGUUGCUGAAAGGAACUGGAAAGCUUGGAAGACGCGUCAUUCGCUGCCCACAACCCCGCGCUCGCCCCCAAAUGCGAAUAGCGCGUCCAACACGUGACACUGACAGGCUUCUUCGGGUGGAUGGAUGGCUUGCCUGUCCGUUUCGGAGGAGACGGCCGUCCCCGCUUCACCGUCCCAAC